UAAACUCCGCUCCGGGAAGUGAACGGUUGCAAAAAUGUUAUUUUAAUUUGUUAAAAAUUAGUUUAUUUCGUUGUAAUAUCGGUAAAAAUCGCAAAAUUUAUGUUGUUCAAAUUUAGCAGUGCAAAUUCGAGUUUGUAGUUUGAUUAAACAUGGAAACAUUCAGCCUUUUGAGCUGCAGGAUGUGUCUUCGCAUUCCUAGCGACGGAGCGUUGACUUUCUCCGUUUCCGACACCUUCAAGGGGCAUCGGCUCAGCGAUUUGAUCGGUCAGCUAUUUGGCAUAAAGGUAUCUGAAGCAGAUUUCCUUACCAACGUCUGUGUAGAAUGCAUGGAUCGCAUUAAUACAGUGCGGACAAUCAAUCAGCAAUUCAGUCAGAACAACGAAAAGCUGAAACAGUUGCUGGAGGCUUUCAAGGAAGACUCGGAGGACGUUGAAGUGCUCGUCAUAGAUGAUAUCAACCUUCUAAACGAACAGGAGGCACACAUGCAAGACGAUAUCGAAGUGGAAGAGCGCCCUAUGAAGUCUGAACCGGAACCUUCGCCAGUUAGUUCACAUGUUGAUGAAGAAGAGGAAGAAGAUAAUGUGGUGGAACACAAAAGUGAAAUUGGAAUUGAAUUUAUCAAAAAUCAACCGGUGGAUUUGGAAUACGAAGAACCAUUGGAAGACAAUCUGUUAGUAGAUGUAGUAGAUAGUAGUAGUACGGAAAAUGCAGUGCUUGCUAGCGAUAUUUGUUCACCUGUGGACAAUGUGCAAAACGAACUACCCGUCAAACCAAAACCAGUCUCAAAAAAAGUUCGACCAGUUUAUCAAAUCCCAAAUCACAAGUGUUACUUUUGUAAGACGACUUUUCAAACGGAGCUGGAUUUCACUGAACACCUCCACGUGCAUUUUGGAGAAGUCCCGCUAGUUUGUGAUAAGUGCGACAAUAUCGUGAUCAAAAGUGUUCGUCAGGCCAGCAAACAUUUGGCGCUUCACGAUGAAGAGGAACGCCCGCACAAGUGUCGAAUAUGUGAGUUGCGAUUUUUUACCCGGGAAAACAGCCUAACACACGAGCGCAAAAUACAUCGAAUGAAAGUGAAGAUCAAAGAAAACAUCGAUGGUUAUGCCGAUAGGCAAAAGCUGAGAAAAACAUUUCGAUGCAAAAUUUGCGGACAAACCGCUGCAAACCGGCAGUAUCUGAAGGAACACGAGGUUACACACGAACCUCCUGUUCUGCCCAUUCACACUUGUCAGGUGUGUGGCAAACAGUUCACCGCUAGGAAAAAUCUCACCAGGCAUCUCAUGAUACAUACGGGUGAACUGCCGUACAAGUGCGAAUUUUGUGAUCGAGCUUUUAGGCAAGCGGGAGACCUGAAAGAUCACAUCAGAAGUCACACCAAGGAGAAACCCUACAUGUGCAACAGCUGCGGAAUGCGAUUUCGAAACGUCUCGAUGCUGCACGUUCAUCGUAAAAAGCAACAGUGUUCCGGUAGCGAUGAGUAGUGCGGUAAGUACUUGCACAUCUGUACCACUUGUUGCUUUUAAUACAAAUCAUGAUUGUUAUGUAC